AUGAGAUACCACCCCACUUUGAAGGGGCUCUGGGCGUUCCUCGUCCUGUCCUUCUUCGCCAUCUUGGCCAACUGCUACCGCAAUGGAGAACAGGCUUUGGUUCUAAGGCCUUCUCAUCGCGCACGAAUUUUCAACCGAGCUACUUUUGACUCCGCUGCAAUCAUCCCGAAUGAUGGCCACGACUCCCCAGCCGCCUAUGAUGUUAACCCGGACGCUACCGCUUCUUCUACGGCUGCUUAUCCUUUUCCGACCGCUCCGGUGGGUGCUGAUGGCGAGCCGUCUUCCGAUACUUCUUCGACUGUGAACGGACACUCGCCUACUGCCACUACGGAACCCAGAUCUCCUGGGAUCAGCAGCGGCCCUGAGAUAGAAUCCACAUCUAUUGUUGUCAUUCAAGACUCCUCGAAUGGAGAUGCAUCUCCUUCACUCGUCACCUCGACAUUGGACUCAAGCCAAGACCCAGCUUCGCAAACAGAUGCACAAGGAGACGAGACAGUUACUGUUACAGUGACAAACUUCGCCUCUAGCCAGCCAGCCCACGCGGAAACGGAGUAUCCGUCACCAUCUCCUGAUAUAAAGACCUCUUUCACUUCCUCUGCGGCCCCGACCGCUUCUGAUGGGGAGGUCUCCGUCAUAACGCUCACGUCACUGCACACCAUCACGUUGUCCAUUGGACGCAAUUCCUCUUCAACAAAGGCAACAACUCUGCGUUCCUCUACAUCGCAAAGAAAUUUUACUUCGACUGUUGGAAUUUCAUCGAGCCUUAAUCCCACAUCUGGAACCACAAGUCCAGGCCCUCUGACAUCUUCCGUGUGGAGCAUCAUUACCAUCACGCGAACGGAGACUUACACGGGCAAGCCAAACACUACUUCAGAAGCAGCUAGUCCAGUUACCUCAAAGGAAGCCGCAACAUCCACCAUCGAUUUGCCUACUCCCAUCUCUCGCAUUCCCCCUUUCUCUGCCUCUUUCAACCUGUCAUCUAUCUCAGGGCCAGUGAUGAGCUCGCAAGUCAGUGGCGCAAUUACCUCGCUGCAUUCCAAUUCCCCAUCGGAGAUUACGCGCACAGUGUUUCAAAACAUCACUGUGACCGUGGGGGGACUUUCAGAAACAAAUUCGCGGGAGACGAAGGCUACUCGUACAACCUUCCCGACCUACCCUGCGAGCAGUAACGUUACAAGGACAGUCUCGAGCAUGAAUGCCAGCAGCACUCUGUAUCCUGUGCCGACUUUGACUACAAGUCUCCGCGCUACAGAAUCUACGGUCAAUGCUACUGCUGCCCAGACGCCCACUGUGAGCACCUCUACAGCGGUAGUUACCAUCACUGUGUAUCCUACGCCUUCGGACGCAAUGACAUCCCCCAAUGGUACGUCGGUGGUCACUCUCCACAGCAGCACUACUACCGUUUCUUCCCCGGCGAACAAUGCUAGCUCCUCUGUGUUUCCGAAGACAGGCCCUACGACGAGCAGCAGUCUUUCUACUGACGGAAGUACAGAUGAUAUUGAUACUACUUGCGAGCCCACUGGCCCUACUGCCCAAUCUGCGGCUACAACUGGGACUGGCGCUGCGAAUCCGUCCGGCUCUACUAGCACCAGCUUAAAUGGGACAUCAACAUAUCCCCUCGCAUCAACCUUCCGGACCACGGUCUCGCCGAUCUCAUCAGCUGAUGAUGGUACCUCGACCUAUCCCUCACCUUCCGGGAAGAGGUUGCCUGGUAGCCCAAGCUAUCCUUGGGGACGAAGCGGGCCGCUCCAUCGUCUUCAGGGGCCCGAUUUUUGA